CGUGGUAACAGUUACUGACACCUUGUCAACUGCGCGUGGGGCCGUUUCUAUUUUUAAACUGCACGCGUUAUCGGUGUUUUCAGUUUUAAAAAAAAUAUAUAUUUUAAGAGAAGAAAGUCGCGGAAAAUUGUCCCGUUCAUUUUGACGUGUCUCGCGAGACUCCGCGCGGCUGCAUAUAGCGCCCUGCACUCCCACACACACGCACACACUGAAGCGCGCAAAGCGAAGCGCAGCGGCUCGGCUCGGGCCCGGUUUACAGCGUUUCAAGCGGCUGGACACAAAGGAUGAGCGCGAUGAGCGGUGACUGAGUGUCCGGGAGUGGCGGAUCGGCGCUCCGCUUUUUUGUAAACCGCUAGUUUUAGUCCCGUUCGUUCCUGCGCUGAUGACGUCCGAGGGGCAAACUAAGUAACGGAGUUUAGUCUUUUUUUUUUUUUCCCGGACGUCACUCACUGGAUAUUUUGUCUUGUGACCCUCUAGUUUGAAAUCUGUGAACUCUCUCUCUGCCAGUACCGUUACGUGCACGCGUUUGGACCCGUGGGCACCCCCUCUGAGCUCCCCUGGACUCGGGUUCGACUCUGACUCCCCCAGAGUCACAGCAAACAAAUGGUGGAGGCCAUAGUGGAGUUUGACUACAAGGCCCAACAGGAUGAUGAGUUGACCAUCGCCGUCGGUGACAUUAUCAGCAACAUCCGCAAGGAUGAGGGGGGCUGGUGGGAAGGGGAGCUGGCGGGCCGCAGGGGCCUCUUCCCAGACAACUUUGUCAGGGAGCUCAAAGACGAUGGGUGUCGGGUGACUCAGGGCAACCAGUUGAAAACGCCGCCCCCCAGUGAUGGAAAUCCUGUGUCUGAAAAGAAAGGUGGCAGUGCCAGGAAGAGGCGGUGUAAGGCGGCGUUCAGCUACACGCCGCAGAACAAUGAUGAGCUCGAGCUGAAGGUUGGAGACAUCAUCGAGAUCGUAGGAGAGGUGGAGGAAGGCUGGUGGGAGGGUUCCCUUAACGGGAAGAUUGGGAUGUUCCCCUCUAAUUUCACCAAAGAGCUGGAUGAGGCCGAGGACCCUCCAAAGGACACCCCUGAACCCCUGCAGGACGGUACUGACGCCAGCAACAGUGUAAAGGUCGGCCCGGGGACUGCGAACGAGGAGGAUGAGUCCAGCUCUGCCAAAUCCACGGAGAGCAGCAAGAUCCAGCCAAAAAAAGUGCGUGGCAUUGGGUUUGGGGACAUCUUCAAGGACCAGCCCAUCAAGCUCCGCCCCCGCUCCAUGGAGCUGGACGGUGAAGCCGAGAAGCAGCAGCAGGUGGUGAAGAAGCCCUCUCAGGCUACCAGUGCCCAAGAAAGUGCUAAGGUGGAGAUCAAUGGAAAGGUCAAAGCCAAUGAAUUCUGCAAAGUCCUGUUUCCAUAUGAAGCACAAAAUGAGGAUGAGCUAUCGAUCAGGGAGGGCGACAUCGUCGCUGUCAUCAGCAAGGAAUGCGCGGACACCGGCUGGUGGCUCGGCGAGCUGGAUGGUAGGCGGGGGGUCUUCCCUGACAAUUUUGUUAAGUUGCUGGUGGCGGAAGGCGAGAAGGAGAGGCCUAAGAAGCCACCGCCACCGGGCUCAUCAGCUACAAAACCCCUCACAGACUCCAAGGCUGAGGACAAGAAGGUGCCACCAGAGCGGCCAGAGUCACUGCCUCAAAGGGGAGAGGAGAAAGUUGCGGGAGACGAGACAAAGACUCGAGGGGACAUCCUGAAGCCAGGACCCCCUGCCAUUCCUCCGAAGAAACCACUCCCCCCGAAAACAAACAACUCGCAUGGCCGGCCAUCCUUCCUGCCCACAAAGCCCCCCCAAAGACCUGAGCGCCCCCCCGUCCCCAGAAUCCAGUUGGAAGGUGGCUGUCCCUUGCCAGAACAGGGCGGUGCCGAUCGACCCGGUGACAUUGAGGUAGAAGACUUUGACUCCAUCGUGAGCUGUAGCGAGAAGCUGAACCACCCGACUGCUUCGCGGCCACGUGUGACAGAUCGCCGACCCCGCUCGCAAACCUCCUCUUCUUCUCUCUCCAACCUGGAAGUCCUGGAUUCUGUUGCUUGCGAGGGAGACAAACAUGACGCAGAGAGGAGGAAUGAGGAACAGGACUCGGUCCCCAAAAUCAGUGACGCCGAUAAAAAGACCAGCGAGAGCAAGCUGCCCGUACCUCCCAAACCUGCAGUGCCACCAUCCCCCUGGGGUCCCUCGGAACCCCGGUCCCGGAGCGAGCCACCCACGCUGGAGGAACUUAGGACUCAGUUGAGGGACCUGAGGGCCACGCUGGAGCAAAUGAAGAUGCAGCACAAAAAGGAGAUAAAGCAGCUCAUGAACGAACUGGAUGAGGAGAAGAAGAUCCGUCUGUCGCUACAGGUGGAGGUGGAGCACAUAAAGAAGGUCCUGUCUAAGUGAAAGCCUUCCUGUGUACGGAAAUACCUCGAACCCGGGCCUCGAACCUGUGCCUCGAACCAUACGCCCUCAGAAGUCGAUAGGAGUUGUCAGAAGCAGCAGUCACCAUCCUCUCAUUCUUAAAAAUUGUUUUAAAACUCUUUUUUUAAGCGAUGCGUGUUGAUGUAGCACAAACCAGAAUUAAGUAGAAAAUAGAGACCAGUCUCUAUCUGUUAUAUUACGACGGUACAACUUUUUUUUUUUUUUUUUUUUUUAUUAUUAUAUUUUCCAAAAAAACAAACAUAGAAAAUGGUUAUAUUUGACUGAAAUAUAGUUCACUUGCUACAAAUUUUCUUUAGUGGACCUACAUGGCUUUUAAGUGUGUGUAGGUGUAUGUAUGUGUUUUAGUGUGUGUGUGUGUGUGUGUGUGUAUAGGUGUGUGUGAUAAAUGGAAGGUUUGGGUUCGCAGGGAGAUUCUGAAAGGACUUGGACAACAAGACACCCACUCUGUCCCCACUCUACUUCAGGAAGCACUGUGCUCUUUUCGGCUGGGGCUUUGAAAAGAGCUCCAUGAGCUACUCCUGCAGCUUUUUUGUGUGUCCUGGUUCAGUUCAUACAGCUACCAGGUCAACUGAGCUGUUUCGGUGUGUUGAUCCCCAUGUCAUCAUCAAAUAAGACCGAGAACCAACAUCCAGAGCUCUGCCAGGGCCACACCCUCUCUGCUCUCCGAAUAACAAGGAAGCUGCGUGGGCUCCUGCACAAACCAAAUGUAUACAUUUUUACUGUAAUGUACUGAAGAAUGGAGUUAUGUAUGAACAUUAAAGAAAGAUGAA